AGAGCUUUGUGCUCUCGAUCUUCACAACUCUCUCGCCGUAGCGCCACCAGAUCUCGCCGGAGACUCGUCGGAGAAGGAGAAGAUGAGGGAGAUCCUUCACGUCCAGGGUGGCCAAUGCGGAAACCAGAUCGGAGCCAAGUUUUGGGAAGUGAUAUGCGACGAGCACGGCAUUGACAACACUGGGAAGUACACCGGCGACUCUGACAUCCAGAUCGAGCGCAUCAAUGUCUACUACAACGAGGCUAGCGGUGGCCGCUACGUUCCUCGCGCUGUGCUCAUGGAUCUUGAGCCCGGCACCAUGGAUUCCGUCCGAUCUGGCCCUGUUGGCCAGAUCUUUAGGCCGGAUAACUUCGUUUUUGGGCAAUCUGGGGCUGGGAAUAACUGGGCGAAAGGGCAUUAUACUGAGGGUGCUGAGCUCAUAGAUUCCGUUCUUGAUGUUGUUCGGAAGGAAGCCGAGAACUGUGACUGCUUGCAAGGAUUCCAAGUGUGUCAUUCUUUGGGAGGAGGCACUGGGUCUGGCAUGGGCACCCUUCUCAUCUCUAAGAUAAGGGAGGAGUACCCUGAUCGUAUGAUGCUGACAUUCUCUGUCUUCCCAUCACCAAAGGUGUCUGACACUGUUGUGGAACCAUACAAUGCAACUCUCUCUGUUCAUCAACUUGUUGAGAAUGCUGAUGAGUGCAUGGUCCUUGACAAUGAAGCUCUCUAUGAUAUCUGCUUCCGGACUCUCAAGCUUGCAACUCCAACUUUUGGUGAUCUUAAUCAUCUGAUCUCUGCCACCAUGAGUGGCAUCACAUGCUGCCUCCGUUUCCCUGGCCAGCUCAAUUCUGACCUCCGUAAACUCGCUGUUAACCUGAUUCCCUUCCCUCGCCUCCACUUCUUCAUGGUUGGUUUUGCACCUCUGACCUCAAGAGGAUCCCAGCAGUACAGAGCCCUGACCGUACCUGAACUCACCCAGCAAAUGUGGGAUUCCAAGAACAUGAUGUGUGCCGCAGACCCCCGACAUGGGCGCUACCUCACAGCCUCAGCCAUGUUCCGUGGUAAAAUGAGCACCAAAGAGGUCGAUGAACAAAUGAUCAAUGUUCAGAACAAGAACUCUUCCUACUUUGUCGAGUGGAUCCCCAACAAUGUCAAGUCCAGUGUGUGUGACAUCCCACCCAAAGGUAUCAAAAUGGCAUCCACAUUCAUCGGGAACUCGACCUCAAUCCAGGAGAUGUUCCGGAGGGUCAGCGAGCAGUUCACCGCCAUGUUCAGGAGGAAGGCCUUUCUGCAUUGGUACACCGGCGAGGGAAUGGACGAGAUGGAAUUCACUGAAGCUGAGAGCAACAUGAAUGAUCUGGUGGCGGAAUACCAGCAGUACCAGGAUGCAACUGCCGAUGGUGAAGAAGACUACGAAGAUGAAGAGGAAGAGGAGACAAAUUAAUUGGUUUAUUAAUGUGUUGUUUUUCCAACUGGUUUAUUAUGUUUGCAGUUAAUCUUAUGUUGUGUUUGUACUAGCUAUGACCACAAUGUGUGGAAGAACAUGGCUUCAUUUGAUUUGCAUUUUGCUGGUUGUUCUCAUGUUAAUUGUGCUGUUUAACUUUGAAGGAGCUCUUGUAUUCUUAGCAGUCUCUGCAUUGUUGUUGUGCUAGCGGUUCUAAGGAUAUGUUUCUAUUUCA